AAAACCCCCGUCUCCUCUCUCUCUCUCUCUCUCUCUCUCUAACCUUUCAGCUGUCACCCACGGCUGCGCUAUCAACUCUUUUGCUCAAGCUCUGCCGCCGUCGUCUCCAGUCGCUCGUCGCCGGUGAGCGUUUGCCUCAAGCUUUACGCCGAUUUUCUCUCCGCUGCUGUCUGCUGUUCGUCGCCGGUGCUACAGUUUAGAGUCUUGGUUGAUCAAGGAGUCUAAAUGGGGGAGGAGAAGAAGAACAAGGUUAUAGUCCCAUCAACGAUAAAGAACAAAGAAAAGAGGGCAGAAGUGCACGCGAACCUCAAGCAUCAGAAGAAGCUAGAGAAACGCAAGAGGGCUAAGGCUCGUGAUGCUGCUGAGAAGCAAGCUCUUGAACUUGGAGAAGAACUUCCUCCUAGAAAGAUUCCUCGCACCAUUGAGAACACUAGGGAGGUUGAUGAGACUGUUUGCAAACCUGAUGACGAAGAGCUAUUUGCUGGAAAUGAUGCCGAUGAAUUUAGUUCUAUCAUAAAGCGCGACAUUUUGCCAAAAAUUCUAAUUACUACUUGUCGUUUUAAUUCUACGAUUGGUCCUGCUUUUAUAUCAGAGUUGCUUUCGGUGAUACCAAAUGCACAUUACUACAAGAGAGGGACUAACGAUUUGAAGAAGAUUGUAGAAUAUGCAAAUGCCAAAGACUUCACUUCUUUGAUGGUUGUCCAUACGAGUAGGAGAAAAUUGGAUGGACUUUUAAUUAUUGGCUUACCUGAGGGACCUACUGCCCAUUUCAAGAUUUCAAAUGUCGUCUUACGUAAGGAAAUUAAGAAUCAUGGAAAUCCAACGGGUCAUCAGCCAGAACUUGUAUUGACCAACUUCACAACACGCCUUGGUCUUCGUGUUGGAAGAUUAAUACAAUCAUUAUUCCCUCAAGAUCCCAAUUUUCGCGGUCGGCGGGUUGUAACUUUUCAUAACCAACGAGAUUUUAUAUUUUUUCGGCAUCACAGAUACAUUUUUGAAAGCAAGGAAAAUAAAAAAGAGGCUGACUCAAAAAAGAAGUCCAAGGGUACCAAGGGUGAGAAAGUUCCUCAGCAGAAAGUGAUUGCUCGUCUUCAGGAAUGUGGUCCUCGGUUCACAAUGAAAUUGAUCAGUUUGCAGCAUGGAACUUUCGAUUCAAAAGGCGGGGAAUAUGAAUGGGUUCAUAAGCCUGAAAUGGAUACAAGCCGCAGAAGAUUUUUCUUGUGACAUUCUCUAGGAGUUCAUUACUUUUGGUUAUGGGGAGUAAAAAAUUGUUCAGCUCUGAUUUAUAUAAUAUUUUGGGUGGAGUGCUGAACAAUUUCGGAUCUCCAUUUCAGCUUGCUUGUAUGUUAGAAGUUGAUUUUUUUUUUUCACUAUUCAAAAUUUUGUAGCAUUUGCUGAGUUUGUAGGGAUUCAAGGGUUGAUUCAUUAACUUAGAGAAUGCAAAUUUGGGAAGCUAAACUUGAAAGAUUAGAGUUGAAAUAUUUUAUAAGUUUAACAUAUAGUUUAAUUGAAUUACAGUUUUCUUCCCUCCAAAUGCCAUGUUUUCCUUCUAUAA